UUCGUAAUAGGAUCUACAGUUGAAGACAACAGAUUUCGAAUUGAGAAGUUCGGCGACCAAAAUUUUAGGUAUUGGAUGAUGCAAAUAGAAGACUAUUUGUACCAGAAGGAUCUCUUCCUACCCCUCCAACGAGAGGCGGGGAAACCUGACAAGAUGGAGGAUGAUAAGUGGAAGGUGCUCGACUGUAAAGCACUUGUCAUCAUCAGACUCAACCUUCACCAGCAUGUGACUUACAACGUCUCGCAUGCGACCACCACCAAGGAGUUGAUGGAGGCCUUGGAGGCGCUGUAUGAGAAGCCGUCUGCUUCAAAUAAGGCUGUUGUGCAACAGCUUGCUGCAGUAGAUCUCAAGUUCGACAAUGAGAUCCAAGCUCUUCUGUUACUUUCUUGUCUGCCAGAUUUAUGGGAGAAUAUAGUGAUGACAGUGAGCAACGCCAAUGGCAAUGACAAGAUGAAGCUCGAUACGAUGAUUGGGGCAAUUCUGGAUGAAAGAAUCUCGUCACAAAGUCUCAGGAGCUGAGGCCUCUAGCAGUAGGAGUACUCUGCAUGUCGAGACAUGAGGACGUGCGCAGAAGAAGGGUAGGGGACAACGAGACCAAUCAAAAUCCAGAGAGAAGUCUAAAGAGCCAAACCCGAAUGGUUACAGUGAAGGGAAGUGCUUCAGAUGCGGAAAGAAGGAUCACUUUGUACGGGACUGCAGAGUUUCUGUUCCAGUAUCAGCAGGGGAUGAUCGGGCUGAUGGUGCAACCAAUCUCAUGCACAAGACGGAUUCGGAUGCGCUUCUCCUAUCCCUCGAAGACAAAAGCGAUGCAUGGGUCAUCGACUCUGGCGUAUCUUUUCAUGCAACCUCAUAACAAAAGCUGCUUUCAUCGUUCGUGAAGGACUUAGGGACAGUCUAUCUUGACAACGAUCAACCUUGCAAGGUUUCUGGGAAGGAAAAUUGUACCCUCAAGAUGAAGGGCGGGACCACCUUGAUGCUGAAUGACAUUCGACAUGUAGCGGAUCUCAGGCGAAAUCUUAUAUCAGUCGGGUAACUAACUGAUUCCGGUUACAGAGUAUCAUUCGAGCAGAGAAGCUGGAAGGUGUCCAAAGGUGCCAUGGUGGUGACAUACGGCAAACGCGAUG